AAUCAAGAUUUUCAAUGUUCGGGGCCUCGGGCCCGUACUCGCAUUGACUGGAAAAAUGCAGAUCAUGGGAGGUCGGUUGUUGCUUCUUUGGUUAAAGGUGCCUAUGUCUUAGAGCGGGACCGCCGGGGGAAACGUGAAGGUUCCCAGGCUCUUGCACCUCCUUGGUGGGAAACUUUCGCUUUUCAGUUGAAGCGCAUACUCGUAGAUGGGGCUGACUCUUCUAUCUUCGGUGCCAUCUUCGAGUAUAAGCCUCUGCCAUCCUCAUGUAACCACUCAGCAGAUGGACCGUGUUUUGUGGUCGCCUUCCGAGGCACCUUGUUCACGAAAGAAUCGUUCUUUUGAGAUAUUGAGCUGGAUGUUCAGUUUUUCCGGAAUGAGCUUCACUCCUCGUCUCGCUGCAAGACUGCCGUGCAGGCGUUAGAAGACUUGGUUGCAGCCGCCGGCAAUUCUAAGGUGGUCUGGUUAGCUGGCCACUCCCUGGGGUCUGCCAUUGCUCUGGAAGCUGGAAAGAACAUGGCCAAAAAGGGAUAUUAUCUCGAGUCUUUCCUCUUUAACCCGCCUUAUGCAUCUGUUCCGAUCGAGAAGAUCAAGAGCAAGAUCUGGAAGCGGGCUUUCCAGUUAGCCGAAAGUGGGUUAUGUGCUGCAGCGGCGCUAGCUAAACAGUCUCCGGAACAGCUGAAACAAUCCGCCAAUUCUUUUGCGGCUUUGUCCCCUUGGGUUCCUCAGCUGUUUGUCAACAAGGCUGAUUGCGUCUGCUCGGGAUACAUUGGCUAUUUCGAGCACGGAAAGUGGAUGCAAAAGUUCAGAUUAGGAGGUAUCCGCAAGAUUGCUAGUCGUUAUUCUGUGAUAUUGCUGUUCAUGAGCGAGAAUGGGACGCAGGCAGAGCCUUUGCACCUCAUCCCAUCGGCAAAUCUAUCGAUCCAUUCAAAGCCGCCGAAGUCUUUCCUGAGGGCGCAUGGUAUUAGCGAAUGGUGGAAGCUGGACCUGGAGCUGGAGUCCGAAGUUUACAAGCAUGAGUACUAGUAUUGGCGGUAUCGUCGGACUGUUAUUUCUCGUCGCUUAUGCGCGUGGAUCUGAUGACGCGAUUGAACUUGCCCAGGCCAUUGGAUACACAGUUCUGUUGCUCUCCGUGUGCUGAAUUGUUCGUGUGCGGAUUGAUGUUGCCUGGACCUGUUGUGUGGCGCAUUUUCUUUUUACUGCAUUUCAUAUGUUUGGAAGUGACAGGUGUGCUUUCAGUUUGUUUGUCUGUGUGUGUGGGAGAGAGUCAGUCCUCUUGUCAUUUUUCAGUUUGGAGAUUGAAGCAAUGUUAUCUGCCAUUUGUUGUGGUUGGGAGUAGAC